AAAGAAGGUUUGGGAGGCGUCCUUAUAAAACCACAACAGGAACGCGUCUAAAACCUCUGGCCCGCAAGACCGACUUAAACUCGGAACGCGAAUUCAGCGAGCGGAGUUUUCCCGCCGGAGUCUGGGUCUGAGGCGGCCUUCCUCCUGCGCAGGCGCAGUGCCACCUACAGAGCAUGGAAGCGGUGGCUUUUCUGUGUGUGGCAGCGGCGGCCCUAGGAUGGGGCUUCCUCCGGGUUUGGGACUCUUGGGAAUGCGUGAAGAGUCAGGAGCCGGCUGGCGUGCCGGGAGACGGAAGCAGGACCCUCCUGGUGAUCGCGCACCCCGACGAUGAAGCCAUGUUCUUUGCUCCCACUGUGCUAGGCUUGGCCCGCCUGCGGCACCGGCUGUCCUUGCUCUGCUUCUCUGCAGGAAAUUACUACAAUCAAGGGGAGAUUCGUAAGAAAGAACUCUUGCAGAGCUGUGAUGUUUUGGGGAUUCCACCCUCCAGUAUAAUGAUUAUUGACAACAGGGAUUUCCCAGACGACCCAGCUGUGCAGUGGGACGCAGAGCGUGUGGCGAGCGCCCUCCUCCGGCACAUAGAAGUGAACAGCAUCAACCUGGUGGUGACUUUCGAUGCAGGGGGAGUAAGUGGUCACAGCAAUCACGUUGCCCUGUAUCACGCUGUGAGGACCCUACACUCAGAAGGGAAGUUACCUAAAGACCCCGGAUGUGCUCUUCGUGCUCACCAGCGAAGAAGUGGCCCGGGCCAAGAAGGCCAUGUCCUGCCACCGCAGCCAGCUGCUCUGGUUUCGCCGCCUCUAUGUGCUCUUCUCCAGAUACCUGAGGAUCAACUCUCUGCACUUCCUCUGAAGCAGGAGACUUUUCCGGGCCACGGAAGAAGGGAGCAGAAGGAGCCCAGGAAGCCCGGGGCCUGGCCGUCAGCUGGCUCCCCCGCCUGAGCCGAGGGAGAGCCCAGGGUAGGGGGCCCUUCGAGAGCUCUGCUCAUCGUGCCGGAGCCUCACAAACGGGCGGGCUGACGGGUCGUCCAAGCUUGAGCUUCUUCGUCUCGGGGGAAAAAAACCACAGCGGCCACAACCAAACGAACCCAAGGAUAAUAAUGGCUACCCCGCUAGAUCCUCAAGUUCUUGUGAAAAACAGGUUAUGUACAGACACAAAGUAUGUCAAACACGUAGCGCAGAGCCUGCCAGGGUUACAGAUGAAGGUAAUCAGGUGCAUUGA